CGCGGAAAUGUUCAAAACAGAACAACUAAAAGCUUUGGUCAACGAGCGCCUGAAGGCAGCUGCGGAGGAAAUAUUCAGCCUGUUUGAACAAACUAUUAAGGACUAUGAGGACGAAGUUUUCCGCUCAAAACAGCAGAUCGACAAACAACGCAGGCGUGCGGGGUGGAAAGCCCCCGUGCAGCUCUCUGUGCGGGAAGAGGACAUCCCUUCUGAACAGGAGCCCUGUGAGAAGAAGACUGGCCCGGGUGAGGAAGAACAGGAGCCCCUGCAUAUUAAAGAGGAACAGGAGGACGAACUGUGGGCUGCUCAGGCAGGCGAAAAGCAGGAGGAGGCUGAUACCAAAGAGACUAUGUUCAAUAUAAUUUAUGUGCAGAGAAGCAAUGAAGAUGGAAGACAGUCACCAUAUCAAAACCAAGAAGUUGAAAAUAAAGGGGACCCUUUGCCCAGCAGCUCAUCUGAACAUUUGACAGCAGAACCUGACAGAGAAGGGGCGUCAGAGCCAACCAGUGACUGUCAGAUGAGUGGAGACAGUGAUGAUGAAUGGACACACAGUGGGGGACUUCACUCAGGUAUUAAGAAACCACAGCGAGCUGGUGAGACACUAGACAGACCGUACACCUGCAGCGUUUGCAACAAGAAUUUCAGGAUUAAAUCCAUUCUGACUCGCCACAUGAAGACACACACAGGAGAAAAACCUUACAGCUGCAGUGUUUGUGGCAAAAGCUUCAUCCAGCGCUCCUAUCUGCAGACUCACAUGAACUCUCACUCUGGUCAGAAACCGUACACGUGUAAUUUCUGUGGCAGAGGAUUCACACAGGUUGGAAACAUGAACGCUCACAUACGAAUCCACACGGGAGAGAAACCUCACAGCUGUGCUGACUGUGGUAAAAGUUUUAGAGAGAAAGCAGACCUUGUCAAGCACACAAUAAUACACACUGGCGAGAAACCAUACACUUGCACUGUAUGUAAUAUGAAAUUCAGCGCUCAGUCCAAUCUAACACGCCACAUGAAGACUCAUUCAGGGGAGAGGCCGUAUAGUUGUGCUGCUUGUGGGAAAAGAUUCAUUCGUCGAUCCCAUUUAAUCAUUCAUAUGAAGACUCAUGCAGGAGACAACUCAUGAAACAAAGCGAAAAUUAUACCUGGUAUUUAUUUGAUAAUUUCCAGUGUAGAGCAAUUCAAUGCUCCACUCUACAAACACAUAAUCAUCUUUCAGUUUGUUACAGUGGACAUGGACUCGCAUUAGAGGAGUAAAGUGAAUAACAAAAACCUCUUUCCUCAGAAUCAUCAUGUUUCAUUCUGCUUGUAGUAAUUCUUCAGUUUGUUAGUAGAUGCUCUUUGUGCUUUUAUUGGAUGAUGAGUUUUCAAUUACGCAACUGUUUAAAAACUCCUUUAAAAUGUUGAU